AUGCCUCUGGAUAUUGACCCCAACUAUGUUCUGCAGGCCGCGCGACUGACAGCCAUUGUUGCAGCGGCGCCUCACCAGGAUGACCCUUGCUAUCCGGACUGGGAGACGAGGAUUUACCUCGAAGUGAGUCGGCUUGAAAAGAGUUUCCCGCAGCCCUUGAAGUCGUUGAGGAUGCCUGGGAUCGUCAUCAGCGCGUUGCUGGAAUUCACCCGGGCAUACCAGCAGAAGGCCCUGGCGUGGCUAGACCACAUAUCGAACGACGAUGAGAGGAUAUACAAGAGGUACCCUCUGGCUGUGCGCGAGUAUGGGGAGUGUGAGGACCUGGGAAGGCAGUGGUGGACUGAAGAUCCAUAUUGCAAGCUGCCACCGGUGAAGAGUAUGCCAGCGGAGGGCUGGGGCAAUGUGCCAGCCGAUGACGACACCCAGGGACGUGGCGAGGAGGACCUGGCUACCGGGGACCUCAUCACCAAGGGGAAAGGCAAGGAGAGAGCUGACAACGACGUUGGGACAGGCAUGGUGGGUGAGCGUAUCAUCCACGUGGAGGCGGGGGAGGACAAGGGAAAGGGCAAGAGCAAGGAGAAGGCGCAGGGGAAGGCAGCGCAUGCGAUGAGCGAGGAAGAGGAUGGGGGAGAGGGAGAGGGAGAGGGAGAGGGAGAGGGAGAGGGAGAGGGAGAGGGAGAGGGAGAGGGAGAGGGAGAGGGAGAGGGAGAGGGAGAGGGAGAGGGAGAGGGAGAGGGAGAGGGAGAGGGAGAGGGAGAGGGAGAGGGAGAGGGAGAGGAGCAGGAGGGUGAGGACGACGACGAUGCCGACAGUGAUGAGGAUGACGAUGCUGACAAAGAUGACGACGAUGAGAUGGCAGAAGACGUGCCGGGUGCAGGCCAGCCCGAAUCCAUCGAGGUCGAUGCGACGUUGCCCCCUCCACCAACUGCCAGACCAAUAUCGAUCUCGCCAGCUGCCCCAUCACUCCGAAAGUGCAAGGCGGUCAUCACAGAGUCGAGUGAGGAGAGUGAGAAUGAGGAGGUGGCUCUGAAGGCGAAGCGGAUGAAGCUGAUCGAGGUCGCAAAGGAGAAAGGCGAGGCCCCGACCACCUCUGGUUGA